AAUUCGUGGCAAUUUUGCGAAUGAAUCGGCAGCCAUUUUUAAACUGCCCACUUACUAUACAGAGCAUAAAAAGGAUACGGAUAAUGGGCCUCGCGUCUUGAGACAGUAAUGUAAACGGAUGAGAUUAAACGAGGCGUGAUUAUCCCCGAAGGAAGGAAGAAUUGGACGUAACGACGCAGUAAAAGCGUGCGAGCUGCGUAGGACAACGUUGAGCGAGGCUAGUUUCGUGCGUGAAACGGAGACGGUGCUCGAGCGAACGCACUCCUUCCCCGUGAAAUUAAUGUAAUGGUGAACUGUCAACAUCCAACAGAGAGCCCUUCGGAAUAUGCCUUUGAGCCGUGUUAAUCCCGUAUUCUCGGCAGAAGUCAGAGCGCGCUCGGUCGAUUACCAGGAACGGCAGUGGUGUUGAGAGAGGGAGUGGAGAAAACAGAGGAGAGGGUUCCGCGUGGGAUUGCACGCGCGCGCGAACUGUAAAACAUGCGAGUAUAAAGAAUACGAGCGGACCCAGCAAGUAGCCCAGCAACGUGUUCAGCAACAGCAGCAGCAGCAGCAGUAGCAGCAGCAGCAGCAGCAGCAGUAGCAGUAACAGUAACAGUAGCAAUAGCAGUAGCAGCAGCAGUGGUAACAACAAUAUCGGCAACGGCAGCAAUGUCAGUUCUAAUAUGCGAGAGGACGGAUGCCACGAUCGUGUCUCUCAGAUGUUAAGUUCCUAUAAUAAUGGCAGAUAAUGUGCACAGAAAAUCGCACAAGCUGUCGGAUGGUAGUAGGAAGAUAUCGAAUCCAGUGCAUCGUACGACCACUGAGACGAUCCGUCUGGGCGAGUUAGACAAGUUGCACCAGCCGGUUAGCCUGAUCGCACCGAGCAACGUGACGGCUGGCAGCCAGUGCAAUCGAAAGAAGACGUCGUCUUUCCAGAUAACCAGCGUCACCGUAGGCUGCCGCAUGAGCAAUGACGCCGGUGAGGAUUCCAACGACGACCUGGACGAGUCGCACACGGAGGACAAUUCCGUGGAGCACUCGCGCAUCACCGACAUCGACAUCGAGACCCCCAGCUAUUCCGAGGACACGUUCUCCAAGGAGGACGUGUUCUUCAAUACGAGUAACGCCGCGCUCAGCACCGCUCCGGUGAUUCCCACCAGCUCGCAGUACGGCUUGGCCAUCGUGCCGUCCGAGGGCAGCAACGUUAGUAAUUCGGUGAACGAUAGCAAUAUCAAUACUCUGGACAUUACGUCGGUUACUGACAACAAUAUAAUCAACUUGCUGUCGAGUAACGUGAAGCAAGACGCCGACCUGCGGGAGGUGCACUCGCACGGUAGGAACGAGCGAUUCAAAGUGGUGAAAAUCGAGAGUACGGAGCCGUUCAAGAGGGGACGAUGGACUUGCAUGGAUUACCUGGAUCAUACGUCCGUUAAUCAGCCGACGGCCAUCGGGACUCCCAAAGUGUCCGAUCCGAACGAGGUGUGCAUAUCUUACGGGGUGACCGACAGCGGAAUCGUUAUACCGGAGGCUGCGAAGCAAUCCGUAGUGUCUGACGAUAAAGGGAUUAGUAUCGAUAGCAAUGGACAAGUGACGACGUCUCACCCGGACACAGUGCAUACGUCCAUUACUGUGCCGAACAAUCCGACGUCGGUGCCGAAUGCAAACUACGCGGUCAACAACUCGUUACCCCCCAAUGUACAGCAUAAUCCCACGCAGGUUCAAGCCCAGGCUAAAGUGCAGCCACCACCUACGCAAAUCCCGCAAUACUUUCAGUCGCAGACCCAGCCGAUAGCCGCUCAACAACCGCCGCAGCAGCAACCGCCGCAGGGGGCUCAAGGAUCCACAUUGCCCUCUAACUUGCAGCCCACCCAUCCCAACAGUCUCGGGCAGCCGCAGAGCAUGCCCCAGGGUUCUAUUCCUAUUAUUACGCAGACUAGUAAUAGCAAUGUGACGCCGCAGCAGAGCAUCGCUCAUGCCAAAGAGGAGGCGUACGUGACGGUGAGCACGCAGAAUCAAUCCAUGCCGGUGCAGAAUGUCUGCCAGCCGACGGUUCAGCAGAGCACCCAAGCGCCGGCCUCCCAGGCACCCAACAUCCUCGUCACGCAGCAUCAGACCGACACCGCCUGCCAGCAGCAACCUUUGCAGACGCAGAAGCAGAUUACGCAAAUCUCCGAGCCACUAACUGCCAUACAAGGGAUGCAGGGCAUGCAGAAUAUUCACAAGGUUCCUCAGACGGGGGCGCAGCCGACUUCGUCGACGAUUCACCCUUCCGGUGCGCCGGUGCAGUCGCAGGUGAUACCCUCGACGCAAAUGCAGCCGCAGACGUCCAAUAGCACCGCCCCGGUGCAGAUCACGCAGGUGACCGCCGCGGGCUGCCAGAACGUCGUCGGCGGACUGCAGCAAGGCAACAUCGCGUUUCACCAGUCCGAUCCGGAGCAAGAGUCCAUCGCGGGAAUCGUCGCCAACGCUACCGCUGCUCAGUCUGCCGAUACGACUCUGCUGGAGUCGUUGGCCGAAGUGACGCAAGGCAGCGACGAGCAUCGUGCCCUCGAAGAUAACGAAAGUAUGUCGGGGACAAGCGCUGUAGCGAUUGAUAACAAGAUCGAGCAGGCUAUGGAUCUGGUUAAAAGUCAUUUAAUGUUUGCGGUACGAGAAGAAGUCGAGGUACUGAAAGAAAAAAUAGCAGAACUAAUGGAUCGUAUCAAUCAAUUGGAAGCAGAAAAUUCACUAUUAAAAGCACACGCAACUCCAGAAACUCUGGCUCAAUUGAGUCAAUCGACAGCAAAAUUACCCCAAAACAGUUCAGGAAGUGGUUAAUAGGAAAUAUAUUUAAAGCUGUAAAUUUGAAGUUUCUUUCAAAAUGGUAAAAAAUAUCAUUUUGGACAUGUACAUUGUUACGAUUCUAGACAGAAACUGAGACAUAUAUGAGUGCAUGCCAAAACUAAGCAGCGUUAGUGACAGAGUUGGCAUUAUUUUACAUUAGAAACACGAAUCCCAACAUGUUAAAAAGAAGUAACAGUACGGUGGAAUAGGCAGCUUAACAUUCCUAGAUUACUUUUCCUGUUGUUUUAAUGUUUAGCUAAUUUAACUUACAAAUUUGAUCGAAUAUAGUGUAAUUGGCAAGUCGAACGAAGGUAAAUAUUUAACAACUUUUACAGUAUUGCUUAUAUCAUACGAUGUUUUAAUUUCUAUUCAUUUUCCAGCCCUGUUCUGUUGAUUAAAAUAGAUAUUGGUGGUAAAUUUUGCUAACAUUUGUCACUUUUGAAUAUCAAAUCUAAUAUUUUAUAAUCUGAUAUUCGUGUUGUAGCCUGGUUUUUAAAGUUAUAUAUACAUAUAUAUAUAUAUACAUAUAUAUUGUAAUCAUCAAGCCGAUAUCCAAGAGACUUACUAUUGGUGUGCAUCAAAAAACCUGCAAUUCCCUGUCAACAUCUUAUGUUACAUUUUAAAAACGCCUAAUAAAAAAGAAGAUUUUUAAUUGUAUCGCAAUUGUCAAAAUUCUUGGUGUGAGGUUGCAAUAUAUCUUUAUGAAGAUAUAUAUAUAAAGAUUAUAUGAAGAUAUAAUUAAAAUGUGAGAAGUUUGUUAUGCAGUA